CCCAACUAAUCCAACAGUGUACUUAAAAAAUGGACGUCAUCGAAGUACGGAGUUCAUCAAAGUCAUCGUCAUCGAGGAAAGAAGUAAAGUAGUACGUUAUUUUUGUGAAUACCGCUUAACCGCAACAGCAGCUGGUGAGAUGAGUUUCUCGGCGAAGAAAACCGGUGGUAGAAUGUGGCACGAGGCCCGAAAGCAGGAGAAAAAGAUCCGGGGCAUGCUCGUCGAUUAUCGGCGUCGUGCUGAACGCAGACGGGAUUACUACGAGAAAAUUAAAUCAGAUCCAACACAGUUUCUUCAAGUUCAUGGAAGACCAUGUAAAAUCCACUUGGAUCCUGUCAUUGCUGCAGCAGGCGAUAGUCCCGCUAAUAUGAUGCCUUGGCAAGGUAACAAAGAAAAUUUAAUAGAUAGGUUCGAUGUGAGAGCUCAUUUGGACUGGAUUCCUGAAGCUAAUAACGCAAACGACAUUGAUAUUUCUUUAACCAGUGAAGAUAGGCAUAUAAACUAUGAGAGGUAUCGAAUAAUAGUUCAAAAUGAAUUUAUUGGUGUAACUGAGGAAAAAUUUCUUCAUCAAAUUCAUGUUGAAGAACAGUUUGGUUCAUCAAAAUUAGAUCUUGGAAAAGACAAGAAAAAGUCGAGUAACACUGCUGCUAUAGGUUAUAAUUACGAAACUGAUGAACCAAUAACAGAACCGCCCAAGGCUUCGGAACCAGCCCCAUUAGAAGAAAAAGAAGACGAUGACAGUGACAUCGAUUUAGACAUUUGUGUGGAUGUAUCGCAAAUCGAGCCUUCCCAGGCACAUGAAAUGAACUUAGUAGGCCAAAAGUAUGGACUUUUAGGCGCUGAUUACUUUAGUUUUUUGACUCAAGAUUUUGAAGAAGCUGAAACAUUGCGACAAGCUAGAAAGCAAGAAGAAGAAAAAGCCAUGUUUUCUGGACGUCGAUCCAGGCGAGAAAGACGAGCAUUUAGAGAAAAGAAAAUGAUCGGACGUGUUAUGAGUCCUCCGAGUUAUGCUGCUAGAGAAAGCCCGGAAUAUAAUCCAUAUAGAAAGUCGUCUUCCAAAUCUCGUUCGCGUUCACCAUCGCCUGCAAAUGCAGGACAAAUAACGUACAUAACGAGUUUCGGCGGUGAGGAAGAAGCGAUCAAUGCAAAUUCUUCUCAGCCCGCGUCAAGGAAAGUCAAUUCCACAAAUCAACGAAAAAGAAAGUCGAUGAGUCCGGUCGAAAAUGAUAGAUCAUCGAGAAAAGCUAUUAAGUCUAGGUCUAGAAGUAAUUCACGCUCAAGAAGUAAAUCUUACCGAAGGCGUGAUUCCAAAAGGUCGAGUCCUCCAUAUUCCAGAUCGAGACAAGAUAGCUCAAGGACGAAAAGGUAUGGAACGUCAAGGUCGCGUAGCUGUUCAAGCUGGUCUCGCUCGAGGUCGUCGUACUCAAGAUCAAGGUCUCGCAGUCGGCGCAGCAAAACAUCACGGUCCUACAGUCGUUCACAUUCACGGUCACGAUCGACGUCGCGCUCACGUUCUAAACGCGGGAGGUCCUCCCAGUCUCGCUCGAAAAGGUCGUCAACCUCUAGCCGCAGUUGGUCGCGAUCAUCUUCGAGAAAAGGCCGAAGAAGAAGUAACAGCAAGAAACGCAGCAGCAGUAGCAGUAGCAGCAGCUCGAGAUCUCGUUCAAGGUCAAAACGACGAUGUUCGAGGUCCAAGACAAGAUCGAAGACGAGGUCGCGAUCGAAGACAAGAUCGAAAACCAAAUCCAGGUCCAGGACGCGAUCCAGGAGUAAGAGCCGAAGUAGAUCGAGGUCGAGGUCAUCCAGAAGUGUAUCUAAUUCCAAGUCCAGAAGCGCUGCGUCACCAGGAGCUCGUUCACAACCCGCGGGAGCUCAGCCUGUGUUAUCAAACAAACCUGCUGCUGUGCCAAGAUAUUACGGUCGACGGGGAAAGUCUUCAAGUUUGGAACUAGAAUUGUCUGAUGAAGAUAAAAAUUCGCAAAUAGUACAAAAAUCUUCGUCUAAUAUUAACAUGAACAAGCCAAAAGCAGGGCUAAGUACAAAUUCUGGUGGCGGACACAAAUCUUCGAAAAUCACUCCGCAGGAGCGGCUUAAAAAGAAAAUGCAGGCUUUGCUGAACAGACAAUACAAAGCAGAUAAAAAAGCUGAACAAGCUCGAAUUGAAAAACUUGAACAACAAAGGCAGGAUAGAGAGGAUGAGAUUAGGGAAAUGUCCCUGAAACUUCGCAGAAAGCAAAGAGAACGCCGUCACAGAUAUGAAGGUGGUCACAGCUCGGACUCGCGUUCAACGCCAUCGCGCUCGCCAAGUCCCAACGAACGUAACUCGGCUCGGCCUCCUGCUCCUCCUCCUCCUCCUCCACUUCCACCAGUACGCAGUAGCAGACGCAGGAGCAAGGAACGCAAUAGUUAUGACCGUGAUCGCGGUCGCGAUUAUCACCGCAGUAGUCGAGGAAGGGACGACAAGGACCAUCGAGGGGUUAGGCAUCAUAGUAACAGUAGACGGCACCGCACGCCGCCCAGGUACUCCAGUCCUCGAGGCCAUCGUGGAUUAGUUGAUUAUUGAUUGAGUGAAAUGUGCACAUUGUACAAGAACGUUGCGCUGAUUUGUA